AGGUGUUUUGGCGUCAUUCUACUCCAUCAAGAUAGCUGCUCCGGAUUCACGCGACAGCCAACAAGUUCUAAUUUUCAUAUUGCUUCACUUUAACGUUCUCUGACAAAAUGGGUGGUGCUGGCUGGUUGUUCUUGUUCUCUGUGCUAAUGGCAGCUGGUUUACUCUUCACGAUGGUUUUCUUCAUCAUCAUGUUCUCAGACCUUGAAUGCGAUUAUAUCAACCCUAUAGAUCUCUGCAACAAACUGAACCAAUUCGUCCUACCAGAAAACAUCGCACACGCAUUCCUAACAAUCCUCUUUCUCCUCUCCGGUCAAUGGUUCGCAUUCCUCCUCAACCUCCCUCUUGUCUUGUACAACGUCAAUAAGAUACGCAACAAGAACCACAUGUACGACGCCACAGAGAUAUUCAGAACUCUUAGCGGUCAUAAGAAAGAGAGCUUUAUGAAACUAGGCUUUUACCUUCUUUCAUUCUUCUACUAUCUUUACCGGAUGAUUGUCGCGCUUAUCUCUGAGAGCGAAUGAUUGCGGGUGGUGACUUGAUGACGAAUACCUUUCCGGACGGUCGGGUAAAUCCCGUGCACGUAACGUACAAGGCGGUCGCUGUUGUUUGGUUGGCUAUCACGAUCUACUUUCUUAAUAUGUUCAGUUCACGCUAUCUCAUGCCCAUGCCAGGCACAACAUACUUGGCCCGUGCUUUGACUCUUGAC